UACCAGUGCUGUGGAGCAUUAACAUUGGUUUCCUGUUGGUAGGGACGAUGGACGGCCCCACCCCCACGACCCUCUCUUUCCCAAAUUCUGGAAUUGCGUCGAUGGGAAUCGAUUAAAUGGCGAUCGCAACGCUUUUUCUUACGCGAUCCACUCCUCGAAAACCCUGGCUGGUUUACGCAUUGCCAUCGACAUUGAUGAUUGGUUGUCUUGAAUAGCAGCUGAGGACGAGAGGGAGCAAAAAAGGGUUGAGGAAGGAGAUGUUGAAUUGCAAGUGUUUCCAGCGAAAUAAUUUGCCGAAUUAUUCGGCCUAUGAACCUGAUACUUUCUCUCUUCCUGAUCCUCUACCCAGUUGGCCUCCAGGUCAAGGGUUUGCUUGUGGAAGAAUAGGUCUAUCAGAAAUUGAAGUUGUUAAAAUCUCCAAGUUCCGCUUCAUAUGGGGCUAUGGGUUCUCACAAGAUAGGAAGAAAGGUGUUUCGUUCUAUAAACCCAUGGGAGUUCCUCGUGGGUUCUACUGCCUCGGGCACUAUUGUCAAGCUAAUAAACAUCCCAUAACAGGUUUUCUUCUAGUGGCUAGGGAGGUGGCUUCUACUCGACAAGAAGUUACGAACGGUAGAAAUCAUGGUGACUUACCUGCUCUUGCGAGGCCUGUCGAUUAUACUUUGGUUUGGACUGCAGAUGACCAACAUGGAGAGGUCUAUGAAGGGUGCGGCUUUUUUUGGUUACCCGUACCACCUGAGGGCUAUAAACCUAUGGGAUUCUUGGUUACUAGCAACUCCGACAGACCACAAUUGGAUGAAGUUAGAUGUGUUCGCUCAGAUUUGACAGAUGAAUGUGAAACAUAUCGACGAAUCCUUGAUGUGUAUUCUACAUUCCUGAACUUCCCAUUUGGAGUUUGGAGCAUAAGACCUUGUGAUCGAGGAAUGAAAGGAAGAGGAGUCCCAGUGGGUACUUUCUUUUGCAGCAGCCACUGGAAACCGGGUGAGGAGUUGAAUAUUGCAUGCUUAAAGAAUCUAGAUUCCAGAUUGCAUGCCAUGCCAAAUCUUGAACAGAUACAUGCCAUUGUUCAACAUUAUGGCCCUAGAGUUUACUUUCAUCCUGAUGAAGUAUAUCUACCAUCAUCGGUUUCAUGGUUUUUCGAAAAAGGAGCAGUUUUGUGUAAAGCAGAUAAUUCUGAUCGUGUUCGCAUAGAUAUCGACGGGUCUAAUUUGCCUGGAGGUGGCAUGAAUGAUGGGGCAUUUUGGAUAGAUUUGCCAUCUGGUGAACAAAGAGAUUCUCUAGUACAUGGAAAUUUAGAGAGUGCUAAACUUUAUGUUCAUGUGAAACCUGCUUUCGGAGGGACAUUUAGCGAUAUGGCGAUGUGGGUUUUCUGCCCCUUCAAUGGACCAGCAACACUUAAGCUUGGACCUCUUAGCUUCUCUUUAAGCAAGAUAGGACAGCAUGUUGGUGACUGGGAACAUUUCACUCUUCGUGUAUGCAACUUCACUGGUGAGCUUUGGGGUGUCUACUUCUCUCAGCACAGUGGUGGUGAAUGGGUUAGUGCUUGUGAUCUAGAGUACACGGAAGGCAACAAACCGAUUGUUUACUCUUCAAGAAAUGGGCAUGCAAGUUAUCCUCACCCUUGUACCUACAUCCAAGGGUCUGCAAAACUUGGGAUUGGAAUAAGGAACGAUGCAAUCCGUAGCGACAAAUACAUAAGUUCAAGCGCUCGAUACGAGGUUGUCGCGGCAGAGUACUUGGGAGAUGAUGUGGUCGUCGAGCCUUGUUGGUUGCAGUUCAUGAGGAAGUGGGGUCCAAGACUUGUCUAUGAUUCAAGAGCUGAGCUUGAGAAAAUAAUUAAACGGUUUCCCUUGAGGAUGAGAUACUCAAUCGAGGGCAUAUUUGCCAAACUCCCAAUGGAGUUAUCUGGGGAGGAUGGCCCAACAGGGCCGAAGGAAAAGAACAACUGGGUUGGAGAUGAGAGGUGGUGAGCAUGUAUUUGUCUGAGAUUUUUGUUUCAUAGGUUUUUUGGAUAGUGAUUAAUCAAAGGUUUAGAAUGUACAUAGAACCUAUGAAGAAUUUGUAUACAUUGAUGGGUUUCUUCUUUAAGUUAGUAGUUUGUAAUAGAAGGAUAUACAAAAUUCAUCAUUAAAAAGAUGUGCUGAAAGUGCAAAAACUAUUCAAAAUUAAGCGCAC